AUGGCGUGGCAGCAGCAGCUGCUGCAGCAGCAGCAACUGCAGCAACAGCAGCUGCAACAGCAGCAACUGCAGCAGCAGCAACUGCAGCAGCAGCAGCUGCAGCAGCAACAGCUGCAGCAGCAGCAGCUACAGCACCCACAGAUGCAGCAGCCGCAGCUGCAACAGCACCAGCUGCAGCAACAGCAGCUGCAGCACCCACAGAUGCAGCAGCAGCAGCUCCAGCACCCACAGAUGCAGCAGCAGCAGCUGCAGCAGCAGCAGCUGCAGCAGCAGCAGCUGCAGCACCCGCAGAUGCAGCCCCCAAUGGCUCGUAGCCAGUGGGCUGAGCAGCAGCAAGAGUGGUCUGCAGAUCAGCGUUGGCAGCAGCAGCAGCAGCUGCAGCAGCAGCAGCACUUGCAGCAGCAGCUGCUGCUGCAGCAGCAGCAGCCUCAUGCACACGGUUCUGUAGCUGGACUCGCCUCCUGGCAGCAGCAGCUGGGACCUCCGCAGCAGCAUGUGCUGCCGCAGCAGCAAGCCCCACAGCCGCUGCACCAGCAGCAGCAGCAGCAGCACCACGGGGUGCCGUUGCAGCACAUGGGCUUCCAGCAGCAGCCUGUGCUGCAGCAGCAGCAGCCUGUCCCGCCGCAGCAGCAGCCUUUGCUGCCGCCGCAGCAAGCUGUGCUGCAGCAGCAGCCACUGCUGCAGCAGCAGCAGCCUAUGCAACAGCAGCAGGCCUCCUCCCCACAAGGGGGCCCCCUAGGCCAACCCCUCAAAGGGCCCCCUAGUGCAGCAGCGCAGCCUAUGUGGGGCAGAGAGGUGCAGCAGCAGCAGCAGCUGCAGCAGCAGCAGCAACAACAACUGCAGCAGCAGCAGCAGCAAGUACCGCAGCAGCAGCAGCAGCAAAUGCCGCAGCAGCAACAGCAGACGCUGCAGCAACCGUUCGCAGCUGCAGAAAGCCUCCCGCAACAGCAGCAGCACCAGCAGCACCACCAGCAGCAGCUUCAGCAGCAGCAGCAGCAGCAGCGAGAAGAAGAAGCAACUCGCGAAGCAGAG